AUUUUGGUUUCGCGUAUCAGGAGAAUGUCAUAAGCAGAGAGCAGCAGCUCUCUGUGAUUCAAGAUUCGAGACGGUAGCGCCAGCCUCCGUCUGCCGUGCCCCAAGAAAUGCGCCAUAGCACGCGGCUGAUCCCUCGUCAACGCACUCCGUGUUCGGUGUUCAGUAAGAAAUCCCACUCACGCUGCUCAGAUCCCCUUUCUCCUCAGUGUAACGUUACUCACGUUUCGCCUCCCGCCUUUUCUCACAGAGCCUCUAACACCCGCGCCGUAGAUUUCCCGAUCUCCUUAGUCCCGACAAACAAUGGCGUUAGUAAAGGAACGUGACAGAGGAUCCAUUAGCGCGCGAUUUCCCUCAGCAAACGACAAAACCCCUGCCCUAUCGACAUUGCACACAAGCAGCUACAGCAGCAGCCGCAAUUCGCGGAGCAUCAGCACGGGCCGGAACGCCAUCGGCACAAGCGCCCGCUACAGUCGCUACACCAGCGCUGCGGAGAAUGCCGAGCCGCAUCCGCUCGAUAGGCCCAGGUCGGGCCCGCUCGAUUCGGCGCAUGACCUCUUCGCCGAGUCGCGAGAGCAAGCCCGGUCCCGGCCCAACACCAGCGGAGAAUGCGGCGCGGGCUCCGGCUCCCGCAUACGCGGCGGAAUGUACGGAAAAAGCCGCGGCGUGGCCUCAGCGGCGGGGGCGGAAUGUAGCGGCGGAGAUGAUGCUGGAGCCGGCGGCGGCGGCGGCGGCUCCUUGCUCCAUCGGCGCCACCUUUUCCGCCAUAACUCGGCGGCGUUCAUCCGGACGCCGCCGCGAGCCGUCGGAUUCUCGCCGUCCCACUCAUCCAACGGCUCCCCGUGCCCCUCGCCAUCCCCGACGGGCUCCGCCCUCGCGGCGCCCUCCCCCACGGGCCGCUCGCUUCUCCAACGGCUGCGGGGGAAAAGCGAGUCGCCGGGUGCGGCGCGUAGUUCAUCCGCGAGGAUCGCGAGCGGCUCUGCGACAUCGGCGACAUCUUCCGGCGGCGUGAUUCGCAGCCUGAGCGGCGACGCACUCUCGGCGGACCAGGCGGCGGCAUUCUCGGUGGCAGACUCGCGGUUCGACAGGGUGAGAAGCGGGCGACGGAUGCAGAUGACGAUGAGCGUCGCGAGCGGGGGUGCUACUAGCGGGGGGGCUAGCGGGGGGCUAGCGGUGGGAGCAGCGGGAGCUUCCCCAGAGUCGCUGGCGUCGCUAGAAACGUCGCGAGCGUCGUUAGCGUCUCAAGCAUCGCAAGCCUCGCGAGCCUAGGUGGCAGCAGCGACUUCAGCUCGACCAGUCGAAGCACUUUUGGCGACGCUGGGAGCGGCGAUUUCAGUCGCAGCGUCGCCAUCAGUCGCAGCAGCAGCAACAGCAGCCUAACGACCAGCGUCAGCGUCGCGAGCUCCAGUACUAACGCGGCGAGCUACAGUAACGCCGGGAGCUACAGUAACGUCAGUAGCAGCAUGGCAGGUGGGAUUUCGAAGUUUAAGAGGGGCGGCGGCAGCUUCAGCGGCGGAAGCCUCAUGACGCAAACAGACGCGGCGAAACCGCGUGUGACACAAACGGGAGCGAGCCCGGCUCGGCAGGGCCUGAGCCUCAGGGACGUGGGUCGGCAGCAGCCGAUGCGGAGAGUUAGCUCCGGCGUUCUCCCGUCGAACCUGGGCUGCUCGAACGGAGGCUCGGCGAAUGCUCGCGGUCAGUCCAAGUGCCCGAGAUCCCAUUCGCUAACCACUAAUAUCGCUAGAACCCCAAGUGCCCACGUCCCAACUAACGCGCGCAGCAUUGGCGGAUGUGACUCAGGACGCCUUGUCCGGAAUAGGCAUGACAGGGGGAGUGUAUGUGAACGUUGGGCGAAAGACGCGGAGGGGGAGGGGGAGGAGGAGGGGAAGUGCGCGGAAGAGUGUGCGGAGGAGCAUGGGGCAGAAAGUGUGGCGGAGGGGGAAGGGGAGGGGAAUGGGGAGGAGUGGGAAACGGAUAUUGGGGUUGGUAGUACAGUGGACGGCGACUGGUGGGGCGAUCUUGAGGAGUUUGCUGACGUGGAAUGCGCCAACUGGGACAACAUUUCUGACAUCUGUCAAGCCAAGGACGCCAUGGGCGUCCAACUGCUGCUUGUGGAGAUCCGAGAUGCUGACGUCACUCGAGCUGAUGCUGACGACAUGCAAGAGGAGGAUCCGAAGCAGCAGCAACAGCAAGGGAGAGCGCGAGUUAUGUACCAUAUGACUUUCUCUGACCAUCCCUCCUUGUCCACAUCUCCUCCUCCUCCUGCCCCUUCCAAGGACCCAGCAGAGGCCUCAUCUUCCCUUGCUGAGUCAGCAACUGACGCAACUGACUCAAGCUCAGGUGCUGUUUGUAAUAGUAACAGCGGCAACAGUGGCAGGAUUGUUACCAGCGAUGUAAAUACUCCCCCUGCUGCUGCAACCAACAAGCCUGCCUGGAACACCAUCCCAACAAUUGCCGCCGGUGCUACUGAUCUCACUGCCGCCACUGGUGCUCCUGCUGCCUCCCCUGCUUCCACUUCCGUACGCAGAACCACACUUCCCAGCACCGCCCUUCCCAGAGCACCGCUCCCAAUAAAGAUCGCCCAUUUGCGAAACCGGCACCCGCACAUUGACGUCCCGACCCUGCAAUCCCCUGGCUUCUCCUCCCCCUCUCAGUUCAGAUCCCCCAACUGCACUCGCUUCGACUCGCCUUCAAAAUUCGAUUCCCUUACGAGAUUUGAUUCUCCUUCCAAGUUUGACUCGCCUUCCAGAUUUGAUUCCCCUUCCAGAUUCCAUUCGCCGAACCGAAGGCCACCACCAUCACACACUCCUACAUCUACCACAGCCUCUCCAUCCAAAUACCGCAGUGGCAGUCACCACACCUCCACCACACCAUCAUCAUCAUCGUCAUCAUCCCCAUCACCUUGCUACUCCUCCUCCCCCUCCUCCAUCUCCUCCCCUACUGCAGCCUUGCUGCGCUUCCAGUCUGCGCUCUUCUCCAACUCCCCCUGCUCGCCUCUCUCCUCCUGCUGGUCCUCCUCCUCCCCUGGCAACUCCCCUAGGGAAUCCCAAGACCCCGAGGAAUGUCAAGACCCUCAGGAAUCCCAAGACGCUAGGGAAUGCUGUGAUCCUAGGGAAUACCCUGGUCUGGAUUACCCUGGGUUGUCCCCUGCAACCCCUGGAAAGAGCUUGAGAGCUUUCCAGAGAAGUGAGAGGGGGAAUCUUGAAGGUGGAGCGUGUGCCGCAGCAGCCUCGGAACUCCCCUCUCCUGCUUUUGCUGCUGUGGCUUCAGCAACACCUACACUAGGAGGCCCUCCAUCCCCGUUAUUGGCUGCCUCUGUGUUUAAUGGUGGGUCGCCGCAAGCAUCUUCACCUUCCAAACUGCGACUAAGUGCCAGUGGGAGUGGAUUGGGAAGCGGAGGGUCCAUGCUGGCGCCAUCUAGGUUUAGAGAAGGACAAAGGCGAGCGGAUUCCGAGUUCCCCACUGCUGAUUCGCUGUCUACCAUAAAGGUUGGGCCUGCUGCUUCGGUAGGACGGGUGGUGGCAGGGAGGGGAGAUCUCAAGUUGAGUCCAACAACGCAGGAGGUGAUCUCAGGCAGGGAGAAACAUGGUGAGGUGACGAGCAAUAAGACGGACACCACCACGCAAGUAGAGGUAGCGGGAAUCGGGGAGUUAGUGGAGGGGGCUACAAGGGGAUCCCCUAAAAAGACCUGGCGUCGUCUUGUGAAGGCGGUGUUGCAUCGACAAUUACCGCUAACAUCAUGAAGUUUGAUGCGAACGCAUAGAUAACGAGUCGUGUGGUAUUGGUGUACAUGAUUUUAGUGUAUAUUUUUGUACUAUAUGUACCAUAUUUGUUGUGC